AUGCAUUACAGCAUUGAUUUUGGUUAUUAUUUGUCCAAAAAUGGAAUUACAACUUUUAAAUCCAAUAGCUGGAAGGAGAAGAGUUUAAGGGCACUUGAUCCACAGAAUCUCGAUGCUUUGGCAGAGUCGAAAGUUGCUGUUGUCAUGGCAGAGAAGAAAGCUUAUUCUGUAGGGUUCCUAGAAGAGCUCGUAACAAUACUCCAAUUUCAGGAGGAAAGAUCACUCAUUGUCAUACCAAUCUUCUUCACAAACUACCAUUUGAAUGUGGAAGAAAUCUCCCAACACUAUCUUGGGCCGCAUGAGGAAAUGUAUCCGUGGAGGUCACCAGUUUGGAGGAAAUCCCUUACCAAAUUGAACAACAUAGCCACCCAGUAUUCUUUUUCGGUGGAUCAUACGGGGAUAAGCAGACUAUAUCGACUCAACAAUAUUGCUGAUGACAUCUGGCUUAUGCUUCUCUCUUCAGCAUCAAGUGAUUUCAAAGGACUUGUGGGAAUGGAUCGCCAGAUGAAACCGUUUCAUGAGUUGUUAGCUUUAGGAUCUACCAAAGAAGUCCGUACAAUUGGCAUAUGGGGUAAGGCAGGUGUGGGGAAAACAACGCUUGCCAGGUACACUUAUGAGAAGAUAUCCGCAAAUUUUCAGACACAUGUUUUCCUGGAAAAUGUCGACAAUAUGAAAGACAAAUUUCUAUCAGAAAAACUUGAAGGGGAAAAUCUCAGAAAUGUAGAUCAUGAGGGGCAUGAAAUCACCAAAGUAAGGUGUAAACACCGAAAAGUUCUGCUUAUUGCUGACGGUGUGGAUAACAUUGAACAAGGGAAGUGGAUCGCUGAGAACGCCGACUGGUUUGGCCCAGGAAGCAGAAUGGUUGUUGUCAGCCAGAACAAGAGGUUACUUGUUGAGUCCGGUGUGAAGCAUGUGUAUGAAGUUGAGUCCCUAAGAUAUGAUGAAGCUCUUGAACUCUUCUCUCAAUUUGCUUUCAAGCAGCCAUAUCAUCCUCCUGAUUUCGAACGGCUUGCAGUUCGUGCUGUCCACCUUGCGGGAUUUCUUCCUUUCACCCUUAAACUGCUUGGCUCGUUUUUAGCUGGAAAAGGUCAAGAGGAGUGGGAAGCUACACUGCUUAAACUCAACGCAAAACAUGGUAAAGACAUAAUGGAAGUUUGGAAGAUCAUGGAAGCAUCAGAAGAUAAAGAAAUCGAAGAGGAAUCAAAAACAAAAACAAAGUAG